AUGAAUACUCAAUCAAUAGUUAGCUAAUUAGGAGAUAAAAUAUAAGAAUGUCUUGAAGGGUUUUAAUAAGAAUUAGAUGUAAGUUUUUAUCGUUUAUGCUUAGUCCUCUUACAGCAGAAUUGAAGCUUUUCUUGAUUAACUUUCCCUAAUUCCUAAUACACCUGUUCCUCAGAAUAAUGAUAACUUUGUUUCACAAGUUAUUUAAAUAUCAUAACCUUUAAUACAAAUAUUAGCUAAUUAAGUAAUUCAUGAACUUAAACCUCUAAUUAAUUUAAAUAUUCAGGAACAAAUUUAAUAAACUCAACUUUAACUUCAAUAAUAAUUAAUAUAAAAAUAGAAAAUAUCAUAACCUAUAAUAAUAGACCAUCAACAUUAAUUAAAUUUAAAGUCAUUCACUUAUAAUUUAUUAUAAAGUAAGUCAAUCAAAUAAAGUGAGAAUUGUUAAGCAAUAGCUAUCAAUAAAGAUAAUUCAAUUGUUUUAGCUGGAUGUAAUAAGUUAAUAAAAGUAUUUAAAUUUUAAUAAGAAAUAUUGAAACAAACUCAACUUCUAAAUGAACAUACAGGUGAUGUUACAACUUUAAAUUUUAUGUAGAAAUAGAAUCAAUUUGUAUCUGGGAGUUAAUACGGAUAGAUUAUAAUAUGGUCUAUGAAUGAAAAUAUAUAAUGGGUAUGUUAAUAAAAAUUAAAUGCUCAUUCUUAAUAUAUAAAUUGUCUAGUAAUAAGCAAUAAUGAAUAAUUUAUCAUAUCUGGAAGUAAUGAUAAGACAAUAAAAUUUUGGUAUUAAUAAUGUUAGCAAUUUUUAUGUUAAUAAACAAUUUUAGAUCAUACACAAAAUGUUGAAGGAUUAAGUUUGAAUGAUUUAUAGAAUAGAUUGAUAUCUUGUGGUUAUGAUAAUUUAAUAUUAAUAAUAGAACGUUUAUCAUAGGAUUAAAAAUGGAAUGUGGUAUAAAGAAUAUAAGUUCAACAGUUUGGUCGUAGAAUAUGUUUUAUAGGUGAUAAUGUAUUCACAUUCUAACCUACACUUAAAUAGCAUAUGCAUGUUUAUGAGAUGAAUAGCACUAAUAAAUAGUACUCAAAAACAAAAGAAAUUGAUGUCAAAAGCGGUUAUAAUGGUUGUGAUUAUUGGUUUCCUUAAUAAUUUAUAAAGAAGAAAAGUCUGGUUGUAAAUAAGAAUGGAUAAAAUGUUAAUUUAAUAAGGAAGAACCAAAAUGGCGAUUUUAUAACAUAAUAAUCUAUUGAUUUUGGACAUAAUAAUAUAUAUGGAUAGAUGAGUGAAGAUGGAGAGUAUUUGAUGACAUGGGAUGAGAAAUCAAAAGAAAUUUAAAUAAGAAAAUAUUAUUAAGAAUGA